AAUGUGAAGUGCGAGAUUCGAGGCGAGGCGGACGGCAAGGAGCCCAAGGACCUGACGGCGAGCACCAGAGCCAUGUUCCCCAGCUCGCAGAUCAAGAUGAGACUGCUGUCGCCGAGCAGUUCGCCCGCGACGUCGCCGACCAUGUCCAACUCGUCGUCGCCGACGCCGCAGCAGCCGCCGCCGCCGCUGCAGCCGUACAACCACAAGAUCACGGGCAUCCCGUGCGUGGCCGCCGCCUCCCGCUACACGGCGCCCGUGCACAUCGACGUGGGCGGCACCAUCUACACCUCCUCCCUCGAGACGCUCACCAAGUUCCCCGAGUCCCGGCUGGCGAAGCUGUUCAACGGCAGCAUCCCGAUCGUCCUGGACUCGCUGAAGCAGCACUACUUCAUCGACCGCGACGGCGGCAUGUUCCGGCACAUCCUCAACUUCAUGCGCAACUCGCGGCUGCUGCUGCCGGACACUUUCAGCGACAUCGACCUGCUGCUCGAGGAGGCCCGCUAUUUCGACAUCGCCCCCAUGGUGAGGCAGCUGGAGCAACUGCGCAAGGAGCGCCAGAAGAAAGCAGCGGCGGCGGCGGCGGCGGCAGCGGCGGCGGCGAGCCCGCAGGCGCUGGGCGGCGGCAGGGACCGCGGCGGGGGCGGUGGGGGCGGCGUGGGCGGCUGCGCCGACGACCCGGGCUGCUGCCACAACAGCGGCGCGCUGCAGCCGGGCCUGCACUACGAGUGCGUCGCGCUGCACGUCUCCCCGGACCUCGGCGAGCGCAUCGUGCUCUCCGGCGAGCGCGCCGUCCUCGACGAGGUGUUCCCCGAGACGUCGCAGGCGCUGAUGGACGCGCGGUCGGGCGCGGCGUGGAACGCGCACGACGCGCGCCACGUCAUCCGCUUCCCGCUCAACGGCUACUGCAAGCUGAACUCGGUGCAGGCCAUCACGCGGCUGCUGAACCGCGGCUUCAGCGUCGCCGCCAGCACCGGCGGCGGCGUCGAGGGCCAGCAGUUCUCCGAGUACCUCUUCGUCCGGCAGGCGCACCCGCUCUAGGCCCGCGGCCCCUGGUGCGGCCUUCCGCCGUGACCGACUCACAGACUGCUGCAGUGGGGAGCGCACCUCGCCGCCACGCUCUCUCUAUCGUGUUCUCUCCACCACUGGAGAUGCUCGACUCGCGAGCUCCUUUCGGCGACCAGAGCAUUUUAUAUUCCAGUUUUAAUACUCAUUUGACAUUCCUUCACACUGUCUGAAUGGGCACUAGCGUCAGUGCAAAAACUUGACAAAUUCCGUACAAUGUGAAUACGCAAAUAGGUAUAUAGCAAACUGAGAAAAAGCAACUGAACGAUACGAUAUCAUAAGAGGGGCGUUCAAUAAGAAAUGCAACACAUUUUUUCUGGUUUAUUCAGGUCUCCAAUACACCAUACUAUUUCCACUCUUUUGGUUACAAAAUCCUAUUUUUCAACGUUAUCUCCGUUCGAUGCGACAGCCUUACGCCAGCUUACUGGCAGGGCCUGUAUGCCCGCAUUGUACCGCUCUACUGGUUGACAUCGCAGACAACGGCAUGCUGCAUCAGGAACUUUCCCAUCAUUCAAGUACUCCUUCUCACGGAGUGCAUCCUUCAUUGAGCCAGACAGCUGGAAGUGAUAAUGUGCGUGAUCCGAGCAGUAGGGUGCGUGAUGAAGAAUAAUCCAGUGAAGUGUUGUGAGGUCCUCUCGUGUUGUCAAGGGAAAGAAUAAACUCCCUUUAAUUUACGUCUAUGGUCACAAAACUUUUUGUCCACAGAUUACCGGUUUCGGUCUAUAAUGGCCAUCUUCAGAUCUGUGUUUUAUAAAAACACUGUCCUAAUAAAGUACAUUAGGACAUUGUUUUUAUAAAACACAGAUCUGAAGAUGGACAUUAUAGACCGAAACCGGUCUGUAGCUAGGUAAUGUACUUUAUUAGGACAUUGUUUUAAUAAAAUACAGAUCUGAAGAUGGUCAUCAUCGACCGAAACCGGUAAUCUGUGAACAAAAAGUUUGUGCCCGUAGACGUAACUUAAAGGGAAUUUAUUCUACAUACGGGUCAAUGUUUUACUCGCGGCAAUGUCGCAGCUUGUGAAUGGAUACAGUCGUUGGAAUUUUUGUGGCGAGAAACACGCUGAAGUCAUUUCUUCAACUUCUUGAGCGUAGCGCAGUACACUUCGAAGUUGGUCAUUGCACCACGAUGGAGGACAUCAAACAGAAUAACCCCUUUAGUGUCACAGAAGACCGUCGCCAUGACUUUACUGGCUGAGCGUGUGGCUUUGAACUUUUCCUUCGGAGGACAGGUUGUGUGGAGUCACUCCAUGGAUUGCCGUUUUGUAACCGGUUCAAAUGAUGAAUCCAUGUUUCAUCGCCUGUGACGAUAUUCGACAAAAAAACUGUCAACAUCAGCCUCGUAACGCGCAAGCAAUUCCGCACUGAUGACCUUCGUUUGCUCUUUAUGGUACUCUGUUAGGCGGAGAGCGACGCAGCUGGUACACACCUUUUAGUGUCCCAACUGGUGGACGAGUGUGUCAGAUAUGUCCAGUUGAGCAGCGAGGUGUUUGAUUGUGAUCCGUCGAUCACCUCGGAUGACAGUGUCCGCACGUUCCAACAUUGUAGGAGUGAUAGCUAUGUGCAGUCGGCCCGUACGCGGCAGAUUCGACAGAUUUGCGCGACCCUGUUGCUAUGAUGAGACGUCUCACCCAACGAUUCUCCAUGCUUUUGUUACUGCCAGGUCUCCGUAGACACCAUGCAAGCGCCUAUGAAUAUCUGUGAUGGUAUGGUUUUCCGCCAAAAGAAUCUCAAUGACAGUUCUCUGAUUGGAACGCACGCUUUUGAAGGCCACUAAUAGCGCCACCACCUAUCGGAAUUUCGUGAAACUGUAGGGGGCUGAAACGGGAAUAUUCCUCGAUGCCCCCACAAAGGUCUUGCUGCAUCAACAGAAAAAAAUGUGUUGCACUACUUAUGAACACCCCUCGUACAAGUGGUGUUCUAUGAAGAGGUACUGCUACAAAAUACUGUUACGGAUUUGAGACCUAAUUCCAGAAGCGGACAGACACAUUUAAGGUUGAACUGAAUCAAACAAUGCGUAAAGCGCGUGCUGUUUCCGUUAAAACAAUCCUGUCAAUUACAGCACUUUUACCGCAGUUGCUCCAGUUAUGAUUCAUUCCAUUAAUGUUAGUGUAUCGUUUUUAGCAACAUAAUUAUUUCUCUAGCAGGAAUUCCACGGUUUUUUAUCGUGAAAACUGUUUAAGAUAAGAACGAAUACUAACGAAACACACUACUGGCAUGACCUUCAAAUAGUAUUAUCAGAACGCCGUAGGCUUUCGAACAAAAUUGUCUGAGGACCAUUUCCUUGCACGCUAGGCAAAAUAUUAUUAGCCGGCCACGAGUAUUAAUGCACUAAAUCAUCGAAAAGUUUGAAAUUACAUUCGUAAACCUUUCUCGGAGGUCUUUAGUUUGUCACCUUUUAAAUCGUCGUUUGUAAAUAGACACCAUCGAUCGCAAUUUCCUUAAUUUCUUAGUAAUGCUUCUCAAGACCUUAAUUCUAACACACUUUUUUUGUACAUUACACCCCAUCAUUCUAACACUAAAAUAGUUUUCUGUUUUUGACUUACAUAGGCGUUACGGAUCAAACUGACUUCUAUCAUUAAGUACAAAACUCAAUAUUCUCGACUCAUUUCAUAGCAGGAAAAUUUCGUAUACACUACGUUUAUCUCCUUGUUGUAUAGACGAGUGCUUGUACUACCGCACAGGAGAGGAAAGACAUGUGGACCACGUGGUGAUCUCAUAUUAGAAACUCCUUUCGGGGCUGAGAAGUGAGAAAGGAGAGUUAGGAGUGCGUUGCGGGGCGCUGCGGUUUCCGCCGACCGUCGCAGAAGGUUCCUGUGCCACGAGACGGGACCCGAACUGACUGCCCGUCGUUCCCCCUGUCAUAAUUGUUGUUCUGUGACAUAGGGUUAUAACAGAUCAGUUCACAUCUCAAAUAAUAGAUCUUUGUGUAAAUGUAGCAUAUAGAAAAUAUUGUUUGUUUUUAAAGUAUAUAACUUCUAUCGCAAUAAGAAACAAUUGUGCCAAUCUGUACCGAAACUGUACGAUUAAAUCUUUGACAUAAU